AACAUUAGUCCGGGGCCAGGAUGAGGACAAAGAGACUGGAAAGACAUCCCGCCCCCCUGGUAAGAAAGCCCCGUGAUCAGCUCCAGCCACUGGCGGUCCUGCCAUCCUCGGAACUUAAAUAAAGGGACAAUUGGAGCCGAAAUGUCACAGUUCUGACCCUUCAGGCUUGGACCACCGGGCACCCCCGACACCAUGAGUUGGUCCUCACACCCCCGGAGUUUAAUCCUCUGCUUCUACACUCUUUCAUUGCUCUCUUCAACAUGCCUGGCAUAUAUUGCUACCCGAGACAACUGCUGCAUCUUAGAUGAAAGAUUUGGUAGUUAUUGCCCAACUACCUGUGGAAUUGCAGAUUUCCUGUCUACUUACCAAACCAGUGUAGACAAGGAUCUACAGAAUUUGGAAGGCAUCUUACGUCAGGUUGAGAACAAGACAUCAGAAGCCAGAGAGUUGGUCAAAGCAAUCCAGAUCAGCUACCGCUCUGAUGGACCAGCAAAGCCAAAUGGGAUAGAAAGUGCUACCAAGAUUUCCAAGAAAGUGUUGGAAGAAAUUAUGAAAUACGAAACAUUGAUUUCAGCACAUGAAUCAACAGUUCGAUUUUUGCAGGAAAUAUAUAAUUCAAAUAAUCAAAAAAUCAUCAACCUGAAACAGAAAGUGGUCCAACUGGAAGCAAAGUGUCAGGAACCUUGUCAAGAUACAGUGAAAAUACAUGAUACAACUGGGAAAGAUUGUCAAGACAUUGCCAAUAAGGGGGCCAGAGAGAGUGGGCUUUACUUUAUCAAACCUCUGAAAGCUAAGCAGCAGUUCUUAGUCUACUGUGAAAUUGAUGGGUCUGGAAAUGGAUGGACUGUGUUUCAGAAGAGGCUUGAUGGCAGUGUGGAUUUCAAGAAAAACUGGAUUCAAUAUAAAGAAGGGUUUGGACAUCUGUCUCCUACUGGAAACACAGAAUUUUGGCUGGGAAAUGAGAAGAUUCAUUUGAUAAGCACACAGUCUACCAUCCCAUAUGUAUUAAGAGUGCAGUUGGAGGAUUGGAAUGGCAGAACCAGUACUGCAGACUAUGCUACGUUCAGGGUGAAAGGUGAAAGUGACAAAUACCGCAUGACAUAUGCCUACUUCAUUGGUGGAGAUGCUGGAGAUGCAUUUGAUGGCUAUGAUUUUGGCGAGGAUGGUAGUGACAAGUUUUUCACAUCCCACAAUGGCAUGCAGUUCAGCACCUGGGACAAUGACAAUGAUAAGUUUGAAGGCAACUGCGCUGAACAGGAUGGAUCUGGUUGGUGGAUGAACAAAUGUCAUGCUGGCCACCUCAAUGGAAUUUAUUACCAAGGCGGCACUUACUCAAAAACAUCUACUACUAAUGGUUAUGAUAAUGGCAUUAUUUGGGCCACUUGGAAAUCCCGGUGGUAUUCAAUGAAGAAAACCACCAUGAAAUUAAUCCCAUAUAACAGAAUCGCCAUUGGAGAAGGACAGCAACACCACCUUGGGGGAGCCAAACAGGCUGGAGAUGUAUAAAAGACCGUUUCAAAGGUGAUUUACUUAUGAAAUGACUCUAUCUAAAAAGAAAAAUAUAAUAUUUUUCCUAUGGGACAGUGGACUUGCAAAGCCUCACUUCAUUUUAAGAGUAAUAAGAACCCAUGCUGAAAACUCCACUAACAGUUUUAUGCUGUUUGUAAUUUAUCUAUACACCAUUUCAAUAAACAUUUUGUUUCCUAAGACUAGAUACAUGGUACAUUUUAUUGACCUAAAAGCCAUCACUUUCCUUCAAUUUAAUAAUUACAGUUGGACAAUCAUCAGUAGUUGCUCAGUGUUCACUUUAUCCUAAACAUUGUACCUGACUCUUGGGAAGUUAUGAAGGAAAUAGAAAGUAUGGCUUUUGCCCUCCAGGGGUUAUAAGCCAAAUACAGAAAAAUACAGUAACCCAAAAUGACAAAAUUUGAUAUAAAAACAUAAGCACAUGUCACAAUCACAUAACUCAGGUUCAUAGUACCCCAGUGCAGCUGAAGACGUAAGGCUGUUUGGGGAUUCUCCCAGUAAAUCCUUUUAGCUCCGGGCUCCUGUGGCCAUAUGUGGGCACUUGGAGAGGAUUAUAACUCAGAACAGAGAGAUCCAGGGAACAAUCUGCUCAGCCCCUCACUGUUGAAUAAGUUGAGCAGAAUGGAGCCAUUAUUGCAGUAGCCAGAGAUCAGGAAUCGCUAACUUUCUGUAAGGAAUAGCUGCAUUUACAUUAGUUGGCAUAAGGUUGAACAUGAAAAGUAAUUGACUAAUUUUAUGGGGUCAUGGGGGGAUGUCUGGUUGUUCUGAAGUCCUGAGCAUUGGCUUUGGAUUCUCUUCCUUUUCACAAUUUCUUUCCUAAUUCUUUCGCUUCCUUGUUCUCAUAAGUCCUGAUUUUAAAAGCAUCCUAUUGAGGAGAUAAAAACCAGUUAAGUAAACUUCUAGGUAUACAG